CGCAGCGCGCCGCGCAGUCCGCCGCCAACUCUCGCCGCGUCUGGGCGUCACGCAACUGACGCGUCCAACGCUCUUUGUUUACGUACGCGACGAUCCUUUGUGCUUUUUCACUCCGCAAUGGAAACCCUAACCCACCCUGUGUUCAAGUUCUAAGUGCAAGUGACAGUUUUAGAUCAUGGCCAGUGACAGUCAGUCAGAGUCCCAGGAGACCACGUCCACUUCCCUGGUAGAAGACUCUCUCAACAUCUCCUUCGAAGAUAUUAACUACACAGUGCGACAUGGCAUUCUGGCCGGAGGUCGGAAGACAGUCCUGGGCGGGUUGAGCGGCUCCCUGAAUGCUGGCGAGCUGACUGUCAUCAUGGGACAGUCUGGAGCUGGCAAGAGUACACUCAUGGACAUCCUAGCCGGCUACACGGAACCAACAAACGGACACAUCUACGUGAAUGGUCGACUGCGGGACAGCAAGUUAUUUCGUCGGAGAUCGUGCUAUAUCUUCCAAGAUGACAGAGUCCAGGACAUGCUCACCAUCCAAGAGUCACUCACGAUCGCUGCAGAACUCAAACUUGGACACCACAUUAGCCCAGACCAGAAAAGGAAGCGGGUGGAGGAAAUAAUAUCGUCGCUGGGCCUCAGCAGAGCACGGAACACGAGGGCUGGUGACCUGUCGGGGGGUCAGAAGAAGCGGCUGGCCAUAGGGUUGGAGCUGGUCAGUGACCCCCCUGUCAUGUUUCUCGAUGAACCUACCAGUGGGCUGGACAGUUCGAUAUCGAAGCAGAUGGUAUACCUGCUUCACUUACUGGCGCGGCAGGGCCGGACGGUGGUGGCGACCAUGCACCAGCCGUCAGCUGGUCUGCUACAGCUGGUGGAUAGACUGUACGCGGUGGUGGCGGGCCGGUGCGCCUACAUGGGAUCAGUACCAAUGCUGCUGCCAUUCCUCGACCAGAUGCACCUGACCUGCCCGCCGUAUCACAACCCUGUGGAUUUUUUAAUUGAAAUUUGCGUAGAAAACGCAAGUGAUCUAGUACAAUAUUCACAAAACGGUAAAAGCACGCAGUGGAUCACUAACAUACCGAAUGAGACUGAUAGCAAAUUAGAAGAAAUAAAUAGGUCAUAUUUUAGAAGUAACACUAUAGAAGAUGUAUGCCUGACCGUCUUGCCUACUCCAACCGAAGACCCCACUAACAAAAUCUUGUCCAAACUGAAAAGUACAUACACAACCUCAUUUUGGAAACAAUUCAUCACUUUAACAAGGAGAUCUCUAUUGUCCCACUGGCGUAAUCCUUCGUAUACGCUGAUGAUGACUGGCAUCCACUGCGCUAUGGCUGUCUUCAUCGGGAUUCUCUUCUACAACAUCGGUGAAGAUGCCAAAUAUGCUCGGGAGAACUACAAUUGCCUCUUCUUUGGUCUCAUGUUCCUCAUGUUCACCGCUUUUAGCGCCGUCUCUAUCACUUUUCCAGAGCAAAUCCCAGUGGUGCGUCGUGAGCAUUUCAACCGAUGGUACAUGACGGGGGCGUACUAUUCAGCGACUUUAAUAUCCUCAAUACCGACGCAGACAGUUUGCACUCUCACCUACGCCUGUAUAACAUACUGGAUGACCGGCCAGCCACAUGACUUCUUGAGAUUCAUCAGCUUCUGUUGGACUUUGAUGCUUGUAUCCUAUGUCGCCCUCUGCAUGGGUUUGCUGAACGGAUCGUUCUUCAAUGUCAAGAAUGGCACGAUCUUCGGCCCCUUCUUCAUAAUGCCCUUCGUUGUGUUCUCUGGUUUCUUCCUGCUCUACAGUGACGCUCCUGGCUUCUUCAGAUGGCUGUUCCACGUCUCAUUCCUCAAACAUGGACUCGUGGCCCUUACCAUUUCCAUGUUCGGCAUGGACCGCCAAAAACUCCUGUGCUCAGACCUCAUCUGCAGAUACACGUACCCAAAACAAAUCCUCAUCGACAGAGAAAUGCAAGACGAGAAAUAUUCGCUGGCCAUCAUAGCUUUAAUGUCUAUAUCCGUAGCAGUCAACAUAAGCACGUAUAUCAUAUUGAAGAUAAGGCUCAAGAGCAAAUGGUGAAGGAUGAUUUGAUUAUGAUUAAAAUAAGACGAAUUACAGGGUAUUUGCAAGUACCGUAAACCUGGCGAAAGGUAGAGUUAAGUACUUUUCUGUUACGAAAUACGUACAUUUGAAAUACCUCUGUGAUACUGAAUUUAAUGAGUUAAAUCAGCCCGUAAUCACUAUUCUAUAUUAUAAUUUCCUGUCUCAAAAUAAUUAUAAUUAUUAAGUAUAAUAUUAUAUUUAGUUUCUGAUCCAUUUAUGUUUCUGUUGCAAACCGUCAGACUUUAUUGAAUGUGUAUCGAUCGAUGUAAAAAGAAAUGGUUGUAUUUUAAUUUUAAAGUGAACAUUCUAUGAAAAUUUAACAUUCCAAGUCCAUACUGUGAUACCUACUUGUAUUUGGAGGAGCUCAAAUGUUUAUUUAAUUGUAGCAGAUAGCCAAUGAAUGAAUUAUUUUUAGUUUAUUGUCGUCGAAGUAUUAUUCCUUGACAUUUUAAGAAACUGUAGGUAAAUGAUGUCGUAUUCUAUCUAUAGAGGUAAAAAGAAAUGAAAGGUGUAGGUUAUGUAUAAUGCAGAAUUUUAAAUAUUAAUUUGAAGUCACCAAUUAUAAGCUCAAGUGAUGCCAUGUAUGCUGACAUAGUAUGUAAAUUAAUAAAUUAUAGCUUAUACUUUUCUAUUUAAAUGCAAAAAGUACUAUGUACUUAAGGCAUUAAGCAUAAUCUGUGAUGUAGAACAAGUCUAGUGGGUAUGUAAUAAUUGUAAUCAACAAAUCCUGUAAUAUAAACAAUUCACUAUAAUUUAAAUAGACAAAUGAUGUAAAAGUUUCGAAGCAUUUGUAUGAAAUAAGCUAUGAAUAAGAUUAGGUGCAAUAUUAUUAUGCCUUAUGAAGACAAUGGUCAUAUAUUUGUACUUUUGUAUACUUGUACAACACAGUGCUAUGACAAUCGUGUAAAUAAAGAACCUUGUUUACCAAAGCCUAUGCCAUUA